UAUAAUAAUUAAUAUAACAAUGGAGCUCUUUUGAAUAUUUGAUAUCUGUCAUACCAUGCUCACUCCUACUCAUUAUUGUGACUUUGCUCCAUUCACCAAUUAAUCACUACAUAAUCACAGAGUCACAAACUAAUAAGUCGAAGCCAGCUAACUCUCUUCUCCCUUAAGACAUCGACCUCACACCAACCACUAAAAAUCCUUCUUCUUAAUUUACCAUAACUCACUCUUCCACCGCCCAAUAUAUACUCACUAUAUUCUUGCAUUCUCCCUCACACUCUUCCACUCAAUAACUUCACUUGUCCCAUUUUUCAUUCAACAAUUACAUAAUCUUUCUAAAACUAGUUAGUACUAAUUCAUAAAAAUGGGCUAUGGCCGUCUAGGAAAACCCGACCCAGGAGAAACCUCCGGCAGGGUCAUGAUUCCCAAUCCAAAUCCCAAACCCCGCUGCUCUAAGAUCAAAUUCCUUGUAAGUUUUGCUACUGUACUUCUACUUGCCGCUGCAAUUUCAGUUGCAGUUUUGGUCGGUGUGAAGCAUAAGGCUGGAAACAGAAUAGAUAAACCAAGUCAAGCUAUGGCGCAUACCUGUAGUCGCACACUGUAUCCAUCUCUCUGUCUGAAUUCUCUGAUCAAUUUCCCUGGCGCUAACUCUGCGUCCGACAAUGAUCUCGUUCACAUUUCCGUCAAUUUAACACUCCAGCGCUUCGAUAAAGCGCUUUACGUUGCUUCCGAUAUCAACAACCUGCAAAUGAACACUCAAACACGAUCAGCUUACGACGAUUGUCUCGAAUUAUUGGAGGAAUCAAUAGACCUUUUAUCACAAUCAUUAACCUCUGUUUUCCCCGGGGAUAGCAAUUCUCCGACGGGAUCGACAAAUGACGUGAUGACGUGGCUAAGCGCGGCGUUGACAAAUCAGGACACGUGUACUGACGGCUUCGCUGAUGUUACUGGGAAUGUGAAGGAUCAUAUGUCGGAGAACCUUAAGGACUUAUCUGAAUUAGUGAGUAAUGCUCUCGCCAUUUAUGCUGCUGCAAAUGGCGACGACGACUUCUCUGGAAUUCCGAUACAGAAUCGACGGCGGAGAUUGAUGCAUUUUGAAAAAUAUCAUGAUGAAUUUCCGAAAUGGAUGUCACGGAGGGACAGAAAAUUGAUGAAUAAAUCAGUGUCGGCGAUUCAAGCUGAUAUUAUUGUGGCCAAGGACGGUACUGGAACGGUGAAGACGAUAGCAGAGGCAAUUAAAAAGGUGCCAGAAAAGAGUAAUAAACGGACUAUAAUUUACGUCAAGGCAGGAAGGUAUGAAGAAAAUAAUUUGAAGGUAGGGAGGAAGAAAAUGAACGUGAUGUUCAUAGGGGAUGGGAAGGGGAAGACGGUGAUUACAGGAGGAAAAAGUAUAUCCCAGCACCUAACAACUUUUCAUACUGCCUCCUUUGCUGCAACUGGAGCUGGUUUUAUUGCCAGGGAUAUGACAUUUGAAAACUAUGCUGGACCAAACGACCACCAAGCAGUAGCCCUUCGUAUCGGAGGUGAUCAUGCCGUGGUCUUCCGCUGCAAUAUUAUUGGAUACCAAGACACACUCUACGUACACUCACAGCGCCAAUUCUAUCGCGAGUGUGAUAUCUAUGGGACAGUGGAUUUCAUUUUCGGCAAUGCAGCAGUAGUCAUCCAAAACUGCAACAUCUAUGCUCGAAAGCCCAUGGCCAAUCAAAAGAACACCAUCACUGCCCAAAACAGGAAAGACCCUAACCAAAACACUGGCAUUUCAAUCCAUGCUUGCAAAAUCUUGGCUACGUCUGACCUCGAGGCAUCCAAAGGAAGCUUCCCUACAUAUCUAGGCCGACCAUGGAAGAUGUACUCUCGAACAGUAUACAUGUUAUCUAACAUGGGUGAUCACAUACACCCGCAAGGUUGGCUUGAGUGGAAUGGUAAUUUCGCGCUGAACACAUUGUAUUAUGGCGAGUACAUGAACUUUGGGCCAGGAGCAGCCUUAGGGAAGCGCGUUACUUGGCCAGGGUAUCGGGUGAUCAAGUCGGUGGAGGAGGCCAGCAAGUUCACGGUGUCAAAGUUUAUUUAUGGAUCAUCUUGGUUGCCUUCAACAGGGGUGUCUUUCUUGGCAGGGCUAAGUACUUAAAGGAAGGUCUAAAUAUCAAACACCUAUUCCGGGAUGGAGAUUAAUGGUUUUUACAGUUGGUAUAUAAAUAAGUGUGUCCAUUAUUAUUUAAUUCCAAAGUGCAAAUAACUUAUAAGCCGUUAAGUUGCAAUUUGCUCUAUUGGUGAACCGACUAAUUAAAGAGCAAGCCUGCAACAUUCUAUAGAUACGUCUUCAUUGAAUGAUCAUAAGUGUUGUAAUUUCGUUUUUGUUGUAAUUAGAACAUACUAGCAAAAAGCUAUUGGUUCAAUUGAAAAAGUUCCAGUUUUACUUUA